CCUAUGUAUGUACGUACACACUCGAUGCUGGGGGGAAGUUUGUGGACAUGUUCUGUUGAAAUUAUGUUAUUAAAUCACCGCAACAGUUUGCGAAAUUGUCGACACUGUAGUCACUUUGAUUUGGGAUCAAAAGACAAACGCAGGGAGACCAAGAACACGUGUCUGCAUGGUUUCUAAGUUGUUUACUCUUUGGGUUGAAGAAAAGUAGUCGAAGUCGAAGUAUGUCAUCUGUUGCGCACAAUCCCGUCAUCGAGUUGCAUGCAGUCGACUUUGGCCCAGAGCAAAUUGGCUCCGCACAACCGUCAAACUUACAAGGCGAUAUUGAAACGGUUCCCACACGUGAAUGAGGCACACAGUAAAGUCCAGGGCCAGCUUGAGCCCUAACGGCAGAAAAACGUCUUCAGAUCCGACUUUGGAGAGGAUGGGGUAUUCAGUCGCCACAAUUUACCUUUUCCUGUAGGACAUACGUUGCCUCCAGAGGCCUUCUGUAUACACAAUUAAACAAAGCGGGCUACGCCCGUGGCCGACAGAGACAGUGUUAGGAAGCCACCCAAGGCCUCGUCCCGGAUUUGAGCUCAAGCGAUUUGAUCUGUGGUUGCUUGUAUUUUGUUAGCAUGAGUCUUCCUCCCCAGCAGAAGGGGGUCCCCGAUAAGAGUGGGGGCAGGCCUUGUUCCGCAGCCACCAUGAAGGAGACCACACUGCAGCAUUGCGGGGACGUCUUUUACGGCGGUAUGGUGCCCCCUGCGCAGGAGUCUGCUCAUGGGGCCCGGGAGCCCGGAGGACAUGGGCUCUUCAAUCCAGAGGAGGGGCCCCAAAGUCGGACACAGUACCAGCACACAGCCCCUGUGAACUGGAUGAACCAGGACCCCAACCAGACUCCUGGCUGGUCUCAGGAAGCCCCCGGGCCUGCCCCUACCAACCAGUGGGGACAGAACAUUGGCCAGUACAGGGCCGGCUUGAACAACACCAGGGCCCCGAUGCCCUUCCCCAAGGGGGGCCACGGUGGAGGAGCUGCCCUGCAGGCGGGGCCGGCGGAGAAGCAGGGCCCUGGGACCAUGGAGCUGAACAGGGAGGGCACAGGCAUGAGUUGGGGGCCGUUUAGCGCAUCCAUGCUCCAGGCCAUGGAGCAGCGGCACAUGGGCGUCGAACUCCUGGCACACAGCGCCAGGGCCACCCCCCCCCGCCCCUCUGCACCACCAGGGCCCUUGUUGCAACCUUUCCAGUUUCCAUACCACACUGUGUUCCAGGGGGCGACCGAGGCUGCGUCCAACCCGAGCUACGACGAGCGGCCCAAGGCCCCGCACCCCCAGUACCAGCUGAUACAGCUUCAGAUGCAGCAGCAACUCCAGCAGCAACAGCAGCACCAGCAACUCCACCAGCAGCAGCACCAGCAACUCCACCAGCAGCAGCACCUGCAGCAUCACCAGCAGCUGCGCCAGCAACGCCAGCAACAGAUGCAGCAUCACCAGCUGCAACUGCAACAGCAGCAAAUGCAGAGGAUGCAGCAGCAGGAAAUACUGCAGCCACAGUCUCUGCACAAGCAGCAGCCAAACCAACACUUCCUGAGUUACAACCAGGCCCCUGACGACUGUCCACCAAGCGCCAGCCCCCCGCCCCCUCUGAAGGACAGACCUUGCUCUGAGGAGACUCGAGGACCGACGCCAGAAGUGGACACCCCAUCCACUGACCCCGCAAGCACGCCCUCCGACCCCUGCCCCCCUAAGGUCACACCGGACCCAAUGUCGCCCUCCUCUGAUGCGCCGCUGGCUGGCCCUCGCCGCUCCCGCCGCCUCUCCAGGGACGGGCUGUCCCCCGUGAUCGGCCCGCCCUCACUGACCCCCUGGAACCAGACCCCCAGGGAGACGCCCCAGAACGGUGUGGUGACCGGGGGGGAGGGGGGGCAGGGCCCCGCUGGGGGGGUCAUCCAGAGUACCCGUCGUCGUCGGAGGCCGUCGAAAGAGAUCAAUCUGGAGACCCUGGCCCAAAAGGCCUCAGAGAUGGAGUCUCUCCCGCCCGCAAAGGUUGCCAAGGCAACUAAGGAAGAGGGUCCUCGGGGCAGACAGGCUGGCAUGGGGCCCCUGGUUAUCCCAGUGUCUGUGCCGGUUCGUCAGGGUCAGACCGCUCAUCCGGCUGUCUGGCCACGUGCCCCCGCGGGCCAGCACACCCUGGUCCCUCCGCAGCAUGAGCACCAGCAUUCCGUCAUCGUGCCCCGCCGCCGUUCUCUGAGAACCUCCCUUUCAGAGAGCUUCAGCCAGGACGGGGAGAGCGAUGCGGGCCAGGACGACGACGGGAAAUCGGCCAAGCACAGACGGCGCCCUCGUCCAGAGCCUCUUUUCAUCCCGCUGCCCAAAGCGCCCACGUUCAUCGUCCCCUCGGUCUACUCAGCCAUCACUCCCUACCAGAGCCACCUGCGUUCCCCCGUCCGGCUUCCGGACCACCCCUUCACCCUGCCCCCCUACACCCCGCCCCCUAUCCUGUCGCCCGCGCGCGAGGGCUCCGGCCUCUACUUCUCCACCUUCUUGUCCUCCAUCGCAGCCGGCAACCAGCCACUUCAGCCGCCACCCGUCACACCAAAGUCUGCGCCGCGCAGCCUCCUGCACUCCGCCAGUUCUGACAUCACGCCCCCGGCACCUCCUUUGGUCACCGACGCCACACCUGUCAGCUUUGAACCGCGUAUUAACAUCGGCCAGCAGUACCAGGCGGAGGUACCGGAGCUGCUGCCAGAUCGCACGCUCGCCCAGCGAGACCUGCACAAGGCUGAGCUGGUCUGGCUUCCCAUGAAGGAGUCCCAGCUGAGUCCGACGGUGCAGGAAACAGUGGACGACCUGAUGAACUUGGCCUGCUCCAGUGCUCUGAAUGGCGGAGGCACCAACCAGGAGCUGGCCCUUCACAGUCUGCAUGAGUGCGGCGGCAACGUACUUGAGGCCCUGGCGUUCCUGCUGCUCAAAGAGCCCGUUUUCUCUAAAGGCCACCACCUGGCUGAAUAUCACUACUCAGGAUCAGACAUUUGGACUCCCUCAGAGAAGCGCUACUUCAACAAAGGCAUUUCUGCCUACAGGAAGGACUUUUUCUUGGUGCAGAAACUGGUGCAAACAAAGAGCGUGGCUCAGUGUGUGGAGUUCUAUUACACCUAUAAGAAACAGGUGAAGAUCGGUCGCAGUGGGACUCUCACUUACGGGCCUCCUGAGUCCCCGGUGGAGACACAGAAUGAAGCGCUGCUGGAGUUCAAGAGCUCUCAGCGAUCUAAACCUACUCAGGAAGACGAUGACAACAACGACAGGAAGUGGGAAGGGUCAUGUGACCGGGGUCAAGAUGGUGGUCAUUUAAGAGUUACUCAGACACUACAGGCUCACGAAAAUGCAGUAGCAGCGGACCAGGACGCAGGACAUCGGGGCGAACCUCCCCAUCCGAACCCUCCCACCGUCCCCCGGAAACCUCGGCCCGAUUCAGCGGGGAGGAAGAGCAGACCCCCCCCGAAACCCCCCCAGGACCCAGAGGGGAUUUUCCCCUGCAAGAAAUGUACCAGGGUGUUCUACAAGGUGAAGAGCCGAAGCGCCCACAUGAAGAGCCACGCCGAGCGGGAAAAGAAGGACGCUGCGCUCCGGCUCAAGGAGGAGGAGGAGCGGGAGGCCGCGGCGGCCAUGGCACGUGCCAGGGAGUUGCAGAAGGCCGUGGCAAACGGGGGCGAGGGGGCGACGGGAGAACCGGAGGAGGUCAGCGAUGACGAUGUGCCCUCCGACGUGGAGGAUGAAAACGACAAGGACUGGCACUGAGGCGGGGCGGGAGGUAGAGGGAGUUCGAAGGAGAACGAUAACCCGCAAAUGGAUUUGGUUUUUAAGACAAUGACAUUAAGAAUGGUGGUGGUCCAGGUUGCUGGUGUUUCUGUGGCAGGAUGGUCGCCUCUCCAGUACAGCCAACUGAGAUGGUCUGAAUAAACGACAGUCUGGAGUGAUGCUUGGAUUCAACCGUAGAACCGUUUAGGUAGGUGUUCUUUUGUAGAAAGAAACAAGUGGACCAAGGCGUUAUACUAAGGAGUUAGUUUCCAGUGCCCUAUUUGGUUUAUGGCAUGUUCAGUGCAACCCAAAGUUUAAAUACUCAGCCAGUUUACUUUUCGUAAAAAGAAAUAUAUUUAGCAAAUGCACUUAUACAUUGUAUUCUACUGCUUUUUCUGAUUUCAGUUCUUUUAUAUCACUUAUUUAAUUGAAUAUCUAUAUUGUAAUAUCUAUGUUUUUCUAGGUCUUUUUUCUGACUUUUAGGCCAAUCGUUGGCUAUUAUUAGUUUACUGAAGCAGACUUAAACAAACUUGCUCUACUUAGUGGGUGCCUCUUUGGCCUUAUUAAAUCAAAAGCUACCGUUCACUUUUAUAUAUUUUUUCAAAUUGGGGAUGUUGUAGAUACUCGAUCAUGUGGAACAGGAACUGAAAAAAUCCCAGAUCCAAUUAUGUGAACAUCUGUUGUUGUGACCUUGAGCAAGGCCUUUAACUCUUGCUUCUUGUUGCGUUUGGAUACAAGUUUCUGCUAAAUAAUGAAAAUGUAAAUAUCACCUUAUGAAUUCUUAGCUUUUUUUAAGGAAAAUUAUUGUGAAAUAGAAAUUUUGAAUUGUCAUCAAACUCUACUGUUCAAUUGCACAUUUAUACUACAAAGGGACUUUUAAAAUGGAAUGUUUCUUGUGUAUAAUGUUUUUUAAAGUCAUAUAUUUAAAAUGCUGCAUUGAAAAGAAUGUUGCCAACAUUUUAAAGCUAAUCUCUUUUGGCCAUUUACUUCAAACACCUAUAGAAGAACAAUGUUUCCCUGGGAGUAGUUCAGCUUUAAUUACCCAUCAUAAACCUCAGUAGGACCUGGUUUUACUAGUGUUUGCAAACCUACCAUUUUUCAUAAAACUACACGUUGGAUGUCCUGGAUUGCCAAUCCCCACAUUUGUGGGCUCUAUGAAUUAAAGUCCAGUCACAUUCAUUCUGCCUGAGUUUUGUAGCGAAAAAGGAAAUUGAUUUUAUUCCAAUUGAGGAUUCUAGCUUUAACUAAUCAAUAAUGUCAACUGCUGUUGGGUUUAAAAAAAAAAAAAGUCUAUUAAAAAUCUUCCUGUUC